AGAAUUGUGCUAGCAUGACCAUCGCUAUCAUCUCACUCUUGUCGAUCUUGUUUUUCAUGUCGGUUUCGGCCUCAAACGAUAGGUCGUUACUAACUUUACCAAGCCUGUUAGAUGAUGCUACAUCCUUCGAGGAAGGUCUUUCGAACUCUUUAUAUCAUAAAAGUUGUCACGAUGUUGAAGGGGUCAUCUUUAGGAAAGUCAUGGAAUGGGUUAAAAAGGACCCCUCUCUCGCGCCUAGUCUUAUCCGAUUACAUUUUCACGAUUGUGUCCUUAGGGGAUGUGAUGCUUCAAUACUUUUAAACCAUAGUGGAAGUGAAAGGUCCGCGGAUGUAAGCAAGUCGUUAAGAGGGUUCCAAGUGAUCGAUGAUAUCAAGGCGGAGCUUGAGAAGAAAUGCCCUAGAACAGUCUCAUGUGCUGACAUCUUGACGACUGCUGCUAGAGAUGCCACAGUUUUAGCUGGUGGACCCUUUUGGUCCAUACCAUUUGGAAGGAAAGAUGGACGUAUUUCCCUCGCGAAGGAAGCCACAAACGUCCCCAUGGGUCGUGAAAGUGUUACCAAACUUAUUGAGCUCUUUGAGUCCAAGGGUUUGAAUGUUCUUGACUUGGUUGUCCUCUCAGGUGCACACACUAUAGGAAGGAGUACAUGUGAGUCAGUGCAACAUCGGCUAUACAACUACAAAGGAACAAAGAAACCCGAUCCAUCUAUCAAUCCUGUAUACUUGAACUACUUGAGGAAAAAGUGUCGAUCAACGUCAGGAAAUGUGUUUCUUGAUGCCACAACCCCGAAAGCAUUCGAUAUACAUUAUUUCCGUAAUCUUAAGAAGAAGAUGGGGCUCUUGUCUACGGACCAGUCCCUCUACUCUGAUUUAAGGACUAAACCUUUUGUGAAUGCGUUGUUUAACGAAUCUUCACUAUUCUUCAACCAAUUUAGUGUUUCCAUGGUGAAGCUUGGAAAUAUUCUUGAUGCUAAGUCUCAAGAAAAGGGUGAAAUACGCAUUAAUUGCAAUCGUGUGAACUAUCGACAUGUUUGAAACAACAUCAACAUGCAUGGAGUAUUUUGAUCAUACAUGUUUUGUUAUGCUCAUUGUCUUUGUAAUAAAAGUUAUAUCUCUAUUCAUAAAUAGAUAUCAUGCAACUUCUAAUCGGUAAAA